CAGCCGCUGGAUUGUCUUUCCGAGGACCACACUGAAAGACUUUCACAGUACGUAUGAGUAAAGGGAGGGCAGCUCGUUACUUGUGUAAUUGCUGGAAAAUCUGUGCCAGUGUGAGUAUGACGCAUCGAGUACACCAUCUCAAAUGGCAAGUAGAUGUGGAAAAACUGCAGUUUGACUAGCCGGUGUACAGUAACACAACAGAGCCCACAAGCACUCCGCUCUACAUACAGCGUAGCUGAGGAGGAUCCCACGUAGUGUAACGAUAUUGUCUGAAGACCCAGCUUGUGACCAGACACCAUCAAAAGUAAUGAUACAGAGUCGCUUGCGCCCUGUCACUCCAAACAUUGAACGCGGAAGCAGACGGACCGGUCAUGGAUUGUUGAAAAUGAACGCACCUGUGAGGAAGCACGACUGACAUUGCGCGGAAGACUGUCGCUUCCAUUGUUACUCUCUGCCAUUGGAUGUUGAUACAGGGAAAAGAUGACUCCACCAUGGCAUCCACUCAAAGAAAUUUCAGUGCCAGACAGCCAAUGGAAGUGCUACACUUGCUCACAGCUGUUUGUGUGUGGCUUGUGACAGGGACAACAAUUUCCAGUCUGAACAAAUGGAUAUUUACUGUACACAACUUCAGGUAUCCACUCUUGCUGUCUGCCUUACAUAUGCUUACAGCCAUUGUGAUCGAUUAUGGAUUGAUCAAGCUGAGGUCAGAGAAGCACAAAGGAAUAGAAUACAACCUUACCACCAAUGCCAAGUUCAAGGUCUUUCUUUUAAGUCUAACAUUUUGUGCCAGCAUUGCAUUUGGAAACAUAGGUUUGAAUUAUGUGCAGCUGUCUUUUGCACAAAUGAUCUAUACAACAACGCCAUUGUUCACCUUAUCAAUUUCUGCCCUUAUCUUGAGAAAGCAACAUCACAUAUUGAAAUACACUGCCAUGAUGCCAAUCUGCCUGGGAGCCUCUUUUAGUAUCUUGGGAGAGGUACAGUUUGACCAGACAGGCUGUUUCUGUUUAUUUGCUGCUACACUGCUAAGAGGAGUCAAGUCUAUUCAACAAAGUAUUCUUUUGCAGGAGGAGAAGAUCAAUUCUGUCCUUUUGCUCUACUUGAUGGCCAUUCCAAGUUUUUGUAUUCUCUUUACUGCUGCUCUUGUGCUGGAGAACUGGGCAUCACUUGAAGUGCCAGUCAAAUUUGAUAGUCAGCUUUGGAUAUUCAUCCUAUUAAGCUGCCUUGGAUCAGUCUUGUACAAUUUGGCCAGCUUCUGUGUGAUCACCCUUACGUCUGCAGUCACGCUUCACAUACUGGGUAAUUUAAAUGUUGUUGGAAAUCUCCUUCUUUCUCAGAUUCUGUUUGAGAGUGAAAUCUCUAGUCUGAGCUGUGCUGGGGUCAUAUUGACUCUCUUUGGCAUGUUUAUGUAUCAGAAUACAGACUUUAUAGCUCAGUAUUUAGAGUCCAGAAAGAAUAAAAACAUAUAAAGCUACAAGAAUGGGAUGGCGUUAGUGAAGCCAAUGAGUCACACAUGUUUACAUAAAUUUCCAGAGAAUUAUUUUGAAGUAUUAUUGAAGUUAUUUUAAUUAACUUCAUUAAUGCACCAAAGGUUUAAAAUUAUUGUAUUUGUGUUGCAUUCACUUUUUGCUUUGUAUUUAUAUUGAAAAUAAUUAAAUCCAACUAUUUCUUUAAAAGUA